AUGUCACGAAAUCUUCCGAUCUUCCUCUUAAUUAUUCUUGCCUUGAUGGCCGCUACAAACGCCCUCAGAUGUCACCAGAUCAAUCGAGGAAGUAUUAAUGAUCCGAACGCUAUCACGACAGCAACAUCUCUCCAGGACUGCAUGGUCGGAGCCAAUUCGUGUGUCAAGACCAUCGACUAUUCCCAAGGAGUCUUCUCCAAACAAUGCCAAGUCGGAAACUGCACUACUGCACUGGGACAAACUCAAGCACCCGCUAACUGCUUCAACAACUCUAUCAACACCUUCGCCACUUGCUGCUGCUACGGAGACGGAUGCAACGCCAGCCCAUCAAUGCUCCCACUCGCCACGUCUCUGUUCGCCGUCCUAAUUCCAGCCUUCCUUCUCUCCUAA